AUGAUGAAGCUCACAAUUGUUUCAGCUCUGCUCCUCGUGGUUGUCCUCACCACGGGCGAGGCAUCUACCUCCUUUAGGACUAGCAUCAUUGAGGAGGAGGCAGCUAGGAGUACCCCGAUGAGAAUGGAGGCUAUGUGCAUGGAACAGAUGAUGAGUCAACAAAUGUUGUCUCAAUGCCGGAUGUACGUAGAAAAGAUGAUGCACAAGAGUUUGAUGAACCCAACGAGAGGAGAGGAAGAGGAGUGCAUGGACAUGUGCUGCCAGCAACUUAGGAGCAUGGACCAGGAAUGCAGGUGUGAUGCGUUCAAAGUGGCCGUGCACAUGCCGAUUCAGAGAGAACAGAGAGAUAUAUCUAAGAUGACAGAGGAGAAGAUUAUGCGCGAAGCUGAAAGAAUGUAUUCUCAAUGCAAUUUAUCCCCUCGCACUUGCCAUAUGAGUCGUAGUGCGUAG